CCCCCAGUAAAAAAAAAAAGCAAAAACAAAAGAAUGGCUCCUGCAGUUCCCUCCUCUCACUCCCUUUCUGCAACAAUGACAACCUUCCUCCAUGUUUAGGGCACUUGUGGCUUCACCAAUGAAAAAUCCCCCCCACCCCCACCCCCACUCCACAUCAUGGAAGCAGAAGCCUUCGAAGUGACCCUCCAGCAGCUCAACGACUUGUUGACGGACGAUAGCGGCUUUUAUAGCUGGCCGACUGAACACGUUCAUGAGGUUUAUCCACGCAUCUACGUUGGCAAUGCGUUUGUAGCGACAAACACGAAGCGCCUGAAGCAUUUGGGCGUCACCCACGUCCUCAAUGCAGCAGAGGGAAACUCCUUCAUGCACGUCAACACCAACGCAGAGUUUUAUGGGACAGGGAUCACCUACCAUGGCGUGGCAGCCAGCGACAGCGAUCACUUCGACAUUAGCGUUUACUUCGAAGAGGCAGCAGAUUUUAUAGAGAAUGCGCUGGCUUGGAAAAACGGAAAAGUAUACGUCCACUGCAGGGAAGGCUACAGCCGCUCCCCCACCUUAGUCAUUGCCUACCUGAUGCUUCGCCGCAACAUGGAUCUGCACAGCGCCCUGGCCACAGUGAGACACAGAAGAGCGAUUGGACCUAAUGACGGCUUCCUUUGCCAGCUCUGCAGACUAAACCGGAGACUAGCCGAGGGAUCGUUCCAGAACAAAUAA